AUGUCUCGUUUAAUCACUUUAGCUACUUGUAACUUAAACCAAUGGGCAUUAGAUUUUGAGGGCAAUAGAGACAGAAUCCUUGAAUCUAUUAGAAUUGCAAAGUCUCGCAAUGCAAAGUUGAGAGUAGGUCCUGAAUUGGAAAUUACUGGUUAUGGCUGUCUUGAUCACUUUUUGGAGAAUGAUUUGUACUUGCACUCUUGGGAAAUGUAUGCUCAGAUCAUCAAGAAUGAAGAGACGCACGGCAUAUUGUUAGACAUUGGUAUGCCAGUGCUGCAUAAAAACGUUCGUUAUAACUGUCGUUUGCUAUCUUUGGAUGGUAAGAUUUUGCUUAUCAGACCUAAGCUAUGGUUGGCGAACGACGGUAACUAUCGUGAGAUGAGGUUCUUUACACCUUGGAUGAGGCCUACCCUUGUUGAGGACUUUGUCUUGCCUCUAGGCAUCCAAAAGGUGACUGGACAGAAGAACGUUCCAUUUGGUGAUGCUGUAAUUAAUACCUUGGAUACUUGUGUUGGAGUUGAGACCUGUGAAGAAUUAUUUACACCAUCUUCCCCACACAUUGACAUGUCUUUGGAUGGUGUGGAGAUCAUUACUAAUUCUUCGGGUUCUCACCACGAGUUGCGCAAGUUGAACAAGAGACUAGACUUGAUUAUGAGUGCCACUCGUAGAUGUGGUGGUGUUUACUUAUAUGCCAACCAACGUGGUUGCGAUGGUGAUAGGUUAUACUACGAUGGUUGCGCGCUAAUUGCAGUUAAUGGUACUAUUCUUGCUCAAGGUUCACAGUUUUCGCUCAAGGAUGUUGAGGUUGUUACCGCCACGGUGGACUUGGAAGAUGUAACCAGUUACCGUGCUGCUAUUAUGUCCCGUGGUCUACAAUGUGCAUCUUCAACCACCAAGUUUGUACGUGUCGAUGUGCCAAUGGAAUUGGCAGAUGUUUUCGAUAACUUCGAUCCAAGCAUUGCUCCAACAAAGCAAAGAGACCCAUUUUAUCAAACACCGGAAGAGGAAAUAGCUCUUGGUCCUGCAUGUUGGUUAUGGGACUACGUGAGACGUUCUCGUGGUUCAGGUUUCUUCUUGCCUUUGUCUGGUGGCCUUGAUUCCUGUGCAACCGCUGUUAUUGUUCACUCUAUGUGUAGAUUGGUCAUUAAAGAGAUCAAGGAGGGCAAUCAGCAAGUUUUAGAUGACGUCCGUAUGGUCACCCGCUCUAGCGAUGAUUGGGUUCCAGAAGAUCCAGCUCAGUUGGCUAACAAGCUGUUCUACACUUGCUACAUGGGCACCGAAAACUCGAGUGCAGAGACCAGGACAAGAGCAAAGAAGUUGUCUGAGAUAAUUGGCUCAUAUCACGUUGAUUUCAACAUGGACAGUGUUGUUUCCAGUGUAGUUAGUCUAUUUGAAGUUACUACUGGUAAGAAACCAAUUUACAAGGUUUUCGGUGGUUCCAACCUGGAAAACCUUGCUUUACAAAACAUCCAAGCCCGUUUGCGUAUGGUGUUUUCCUACAUGUUUGCCCAAUUGUUACCAUGGGUUCGCGCGGUACCUAGCGGUGGCCUACUGGUUCUUGGUAGUGCAAAUGUCGAUGAAUGUCUAAGAGGUUAUUUGACGAAAUAUGACUGUUCUUCUGCUGAUAUAAACCCAAUCGGUGGAAUUGCCAAGAUUGAUUUGAAGAAGUUCAUCAAGUAUGCUGCAAAGGAAUUUGAUAUCCCAUUAUUGGAAGAAUUCUUAACUGCUGCACCAACUGCAGAGUUAGAGCCCAUAACUAAAAACUACGUCCAAUCUGACGAGGCUGAUAUGGGCCUAUCCUACCAGGAGUUGAGCACUUUUGGUUAUCUACGUAAGGUCGAAAAGCGUGGCCCAUACUCAAUGUUCUUGAAACUGCUCCACGAGUGGACCCCAACUUUGACACCUUACCAAAUCGCUGACAAGGUUAAGAACUUUUUCUACUAUUACGCUAUUAACAGACAUAAACAAACUGUUCUAACCCCUAGUUAUCACGCUGAGCAAUAUUCCCCAGACGACAACCGCUUCGACUUGAGGCCAUUUUUGAUUGAUCCUAAAUUCUCAUGGGCUUCCAAGAAGAUUGAUAACGUUGUUCGUCAAUAUGAGAAGCAUGACACUGCUAAGCUUGCCAUGCUAUCUAUAGAUUUGAACCCAACCACCAAGAAAUAG